UGACAUCUUCUUGAGUUCUUCUCCUCUCAUAGGUUGCCCGUGGUGACAAUGCUGGAGGAGAAUCCAUCCCAAUGCUUCUGAGAGUUCCUCGGGUAUCAGAUCCUUACGGUGGCUAUGAUAUGAUUGGCUUUGGGGACAUUCUCUUUCCUGGUUUGCUGGUUUGUUUUGCUUUUAGAUUUGACAAAGCUAGAAGGAAGGGUAUACUAAAUGGAUACUACCUCUGGAUGAUAGUUGGUUAUGGAAUUGGUCUUUUAUUCACAUACUUAGGUUUGUAUCUAAUGAAUGGACAUGGUCAACCUGCUCUUCUAUAUCUCGUGCCCUGCACGCUAGGAACUUAUGUGGUGCUGGGAUUGAUGAGGGGCGAACUUAAAGACCUAUGGAACUACGAUAGUGAAUCAACAAAAGUUGCAGACUCACUAUUGGAAGAUGCUUGAUAGAUGAGAGAAUUAAACAUUAAAUCUACAGACACUGAUAGAUGGGAGAAGAAAUAUUAAAUCUACAAGCACAAGCCGUUGAUGUAUUCUUUCCAUGCUAUUUGUAUAAGCUGUUCAUAAAAAUUCAAACUUUAUUCAGGAAAUUCUUGGCUGUGUUUUAUAUGUAUAUUUCCGUUCAUGACAAUGUUCUCUCUUUCACCUUUAGUUUCCACUGCAGCUGUUCUUGAUUAGUAUGUACAACUUCACAGUAAUCAUACAAAAGAAGAGAAGUUAUAAUGUAACAGAUUUAGUAGUCAAAAUUUUCCCUAUUGUUCUGCAAA